GAAAGCUACAUGGCGCGCUUAAUGGACCGCGUCCAUGCCGGCGGCGACUGCACAGAGGACAGAAUCAUCGUGCGCAAGGAAUGGGGCGACAUGAGUGAAGACGAGCGUAGGAGCUUCAUCGACGCGUGCAAGUGCCUCCACAACGCACCAUCACAGACACCACCGGACAUCGCGCCAGGGGCGAGAAACCGAUGGGAUGAUUUUGUCGUUGCACACCUGCUGCAUACAUAUGAUGUGCACCGGUCACCGUGGUUGAUCCCGUUCCAUCGCGAGCUCCUGUUUCAACUCGAAAAGGCACUUCGGGACGAAUGUGGCUAUGGAGGAGGUCUGGCAUAUUGGGACUGGCCGCGAUACAGAGACCAACCUCCCGAGCAGUGGCCCAUGUUUGACGGUUCCGACACGUCGUUGAGCGGGAACGGGCAAGCAAACACGCCGUCAGAAGGAUGUUCAUGUAUCACGGACGGGCCCUUUGCGGACUGGAAAGUCAAUAUAGGUCCCGUGGCUGGUAGUCACGCGUGUACACCCAACCCGCAAGAUGAUGGCCUCGGGUUCAAUGAACGGUGUCUGGAGCGCCAAUGGGACUUGACCAUGCUCGAAAACCUCACCUACGAUAAUAUGCUACAUAGCAUCCAGGACAUGAAUGAGGCCAACACGUUUAACACGUAUAUUGAAAUGUGGCCACUUGGACUGCACACUAUACCGCACAUGUUCGUUCUCGGCACACAAGUGGACGUCCCAGCCUCACCAAGCGAUCCAUGGUUCUUUUUUCAUCAUUCAGCACUGGACCGAGCGUCCAUUUUAUGGCUCUACAUUGAUUUUGAUGCCAGAGUCACGACACUGCCCAACGCGGACGCGUAUAAUGACAUGCGGACCUUGUUUCAAUCGCCGCCAGCGCCCGCCAUCGGCAUGGACGACCAGAUCCAGCUUUCUCCCAUUUUUGAAGGAGUCCGAGUGGGAGACGUCCUGGAUCCGACCAACGGAAGGUAUUGCUAUAGAUAUGAUUGAACACAAGUAUAGCAGCAAUUUCAAGUCUGUCUCCCUUCUUCCGAACUCGACCGAAUGAAAUCAUGGACCGCCAUGACGAGUGCAUUGGUCCGUCGUUCGAGAUGAACUCACUGUCGGGAAUAUUGCCAUAGUCGACUGCAUGAUAUGAGUGUUUUCCGGUCAACAGGCUGGAAUGUGGUGUGGGGUAUGGUAUAGUGAGUGAGCAAGGGAACUGCUCGGUGCGAAUGGUGAGGAAUGUGACGACGGCGGAGAGGAGAUGAUGGUAGUGGAGGAGAUAAAAG